UCCGUUCAUCGGCCUGCCAGACGCGUUGCGGCGCCGAACAGCACGGAUCGGAUCGGUUCGGCUGCUAUUUUGCACACUCCAGUUUUUGCCAUCGAGGCUGUGGGAGAGGAAAGAAGUAACGAUAAUUCGAUAAAUUUGUCGAAAGAAAAUAAAAAAAAAAAAAGGGAGAAAAGUCGUCGAGCAGUUGAAGGAAUAAAAUUAUCGUACGAUUAUAACCAAGGAAAAAUACGAUAUCGCGAAUUUUCUUCAAAUUCGCAGCGUCCGAAUAUCGCGUGGGGCGGAUAAAAUCGUUCAAGGUGAGGAGAAAGUGCGGCGGGAGAAUUUGAAUUUCGAAUUCUGGAUAUCGGAGCGUCGAUUCUGUGUGCGUAGUAUUUUAUUUUAUUUUUUUUCUGUUCGUCCGACACCGACUCACGUGCGAGAGAAUUUUCGCAGUGUACGAAAAAUGUAUCACGGUGCUGGACAAAGCGGAGAAUGACGUGAGUACGGAUCGUUGAGUCCCGAGGUGUGAUAAUAGAGAAAGGAAGAAGUAGAGGAAGAGGAAUAAGUCGAGAACGGAAACAGUGGAAAAUGUGAGGGGAACGUGGCAUUUUUUAUACACAGCUCAUCGCCAUUGACACGAGAGAAAAUGGGUGGCAAAAAUAUGGAACGAGUAAACGUUCGGAGAAAUUAUUGAUUGAGCUGGAGGAAAUAUUUGUUGGAAAUAUUUCAUGUUAAUUGUAAUUUGCCGCACUGAGAUUUAUGCGAAUUAUCGAAAAGGAUUUCAAAGUGAAUCAGAAGAAAAGAGAGCGGAUUGUUUUCAAGACCAACCGAAACUGUGCCAAUCAACGUACCGAAAGUGAGAGAAGCUUUCACGUAUUAAAUCGGUGAUUGAAAUUUGUUUCUUCUCUGUGACUUUUUGACUUCGUUAAAAAUUAAACCCCGGAUAACUAUUUAACUGGAUAAUUGCAGCGUGGUUUGUGAUUGAAAUUUGAGUUUUUUUUUUUUAUUUUUGUGAAAAAUAUCGUCGUCGAGUGAAAGUUUGUGGUACGGAUUCGAGCAACGAAACCUCGUCGAAACAAGCUUUGAAAUUUUUUGCGCUUUAUCUCCCUGUUAGAGGGAAAAGCGAGGAAGCGAGCUGGAAGAGUUGAUGAAAAAUUUACCGGUGUAAGGACUUUUAGAUAAAGAAAGAAAGAUAGAAGAUAAAUAACAGAAGGUGGUGAAUAAUAUAGUGAGAACGAUAGAAUAUAAAUACAAGAGCACGCGAGGCAGGAAAUAAGGGAAAUUAUUCAAGUAGAAGAGUGCAAACGGGGGGAAGGAGAAAUAAACGAACCGUGAAUAUACCGAAAUAGCAACAAGCUCGAAUUUCGACUCAAUAUAUUCCUGCAACUGCGGGUAUAAAUAAUUUUGAUAUUCCACGAUCAACUGAAUAUGAUCGAACCAGACACAGGUGGUGGAAAAUUUUCAGAGAAAUAGAUAUUUGGUACUAAUCGUAAUACAGUUUAGUGAGAGAUACAGCCGUCGGGUUUUGUGAUCCAGGAAGUCCCGGUUAAUGAAAUUUUAUCGGGAAUAAUUUUCCGAAACAGUCUGCAAGGAUGUUGCGUGGGAAUUGAGAACUGAUUAAAACUCUACACGAAGGAAUCCAGUGCGAAGAAUUCCAGGUGAUCGCUCGGGAAAGGAUACGUCCAGAAGCAUGAGGUGGAUAUGGAUGUGGAUUGCGGUAGCGGCCACCCUUCCAGCCGCUACGCCGUGGAGGACGGACCGUAGUAAGCCAUGGCCAAAGUUAUACGGGGACAGAAUACCAACGAAAGUUCUCAUACCAUCGACGAAGAAAGUUCAGAAGAAGAUAGUCCUCUACCACAACUUUUUCAGGACCCACGUAACUCCAACGGCGGCGAACAUGCUCGCCAUGAAAUGGCACAGGGGAGCCGCGAGGGCUGCUCAACGAUGGGCCGAAAGCUGCCUAGCCCUGACCCAUGACAACGCAACCGGGCUUCACAUCGACGCUUUCGGUACCUGUGGACAAAACAUCUUCAUCUCGACUGCGCAAGUCCCAUGGUUCUUCGCGAUCAAGACGUGGUACCUGGAGAAGCAGCUGUUCAAAUACGGCACCGAGGCCCAGAACGACCUCAGCCAGAUAGGCCACUACACCCAGAUGGUCUGGGCACCGACUCAUCGAGUGGGCUGCGGGUGGGCCAAAUGUACCGGAAAAACGGGGCCCGGUGGACGACCCUAUUUCAGCUACGUCUGCAACUACUGUCCGGCAGGAAAUCAUCCCGAGCGACUCGGCACGCCUUACGUCGAGGGGCCGUCGUGCAGUGCUUGCAAGGAUCACUGCCGUCUGGGAAAGCUCUGCAAGAACGCGUGUCCUUGGGCCGACCUCUGGGCGAAUUGUCGGCAGUUGAACGAGACGUGGCCGAACUGGCUUUGCGAAAGCGACACGCAGCAGGGCUACGAAAGACGUCAAUUUUGCCGAGCCACUUGCAAAUGUCGCGACAAGAUAGUGUGAGCGAAUUAUCGGCGUGACGCGAGCUUCUUGUACGGCUGGGCGAUGAGGAUGGCGAACCAGCCUGACGGUCCUCGAAUUGUACAUACCUAAAUAAAUAUACGAUGUAUCUUGCAGUGGGCGAAUAUUAGGGUAACGAAUGAAAAGAAGAAUGAGAAAAUUGAAUGUGAUGAAAGAAGGGGAACGGAAAAUAUGAAAAGAUGCGGUGUGAUAAAGAGGUGAAAAGGUACGAGAAAAAGGACGCGGCACAGCUGCAGGAUUCAUUUUCGGAGGAUCCGGAUCUUGGCUCCUUCGCCUCUUUCGCCAGCUCUCUUUCUCUCUCUCUCUCUCUCUCUCUCUCUCUGUCUCUCCCUUUCUCCCCUGUCCUCUCCUUCGCUCCGCCCCUUUGCUCACCUGAAUACGGUCAUGUCGAAGAGUUUGGUUGGCGAAAAAUCGACACAUUUUAUUUAUCGUAUUACGGGACGGUCGUACGUUGACUGUUUGUCAAUUUACUAUAUUCGUAGGGUGCGAAGAUUAAUUUAAAAAUAGAAUGUUGGAAAAUAAUAAAAUUAUAAAAAAAGGCCUAGAUAUCGAUGCUUCAUUUUGAAUCGCCUCAAAAUCGUUGGUAAUAUCGCAAAUUCGUUCGACUUCACUCUAUGACGAUGGUUCAUUUUGUUUAAGAAUAUUGUUUUCUGCAUAUGUGCGGUCGCGAUUUUUUUUUAUCGUGGAUACGUUAUUCGGUAUUUAAUUUUACAAUAUCGCAUUAAUAUCGAUUGUAACUAACAAAGGGCGAUAAUUAAUUGACAAGUAAAAACAAAGAAAAUCCGUGACAGGGACUUCGCGCAAAAAUAUCUUACGAAUAAAAUGACUGAAAUACAACGGAUUUCCUAGAUUUUUUUAUGUUUUGAAAUGAUUUUGAAUAGAUCAUACGUAUCCAAGUUUUCGUUAAAAAUUUAAUACAAUUUUUGUAAUUCUAGCCAGAUCAUCGUAGCUUGAGAAUACAAUAAUUUUACGAAUAACGAAUGCACAAAUACCUAGUAAUAAAAUCAAUAAAAAGGAUCGACUUUACCCAACCAAUCUCCUUGAAUGAUGUACUUGGCACGAGACUCUACCAAGUCUCUUUAUUAUACGUAUAUGAGGAAAAAUAACUACUCAUCGAGUGUUUUAGAAUUUAUGGGAACGACUGCGGUUUACUGUUUGAAUGCGUGUAACGUGUGUGUUUUCAAUUGCACUCGGUUCGGUGAAAGUUUUUUCACAACCGGCUUCGAUGGAAAAAUAAAAUAUAUACCACGAAAAAUUCAAAGUAAUAUUUAUGUCAUUUCACAUGUAUAAAAAAAAAAAAAAAAGGAACAAAUUCUGACGGAAAAUUCUGUACAUAUAAUCUAAACAUUAAAAUUGGAUUUCAGCGUUUAAUCACCCUUGCGUUUAGUCGGAAUAAUAUUUUGAAAAUUCUUUCGAAAUUUCAGAAUAAUUCCUGAUCAAAUUCGAUUUUGACAGAAUAAUUUUCAUCAGGGCUACGAUUUUAUUCAAUAAUCAUAUGUAUUAUAUUUAUAUUCUAUGUAUACACUGUCUCGUAUUAAAUCGUACGCGUGUAUUAUAAAAUAUAAUAACUGUACGUAUAUGUCAACUUGUGAUACGUACGCGCGUAUAAUCGCACAUAAAUGGUUGAAAAACUUGUCGAUAUUGUUUAGAAUUUUUGCAUAUUACCAGGUGUCAAAGUUUGUUUUUUUUUCUUUUCUUUUCUUUUUUUUUUUUUGCAAAAAAUUGCAAAUCAAAAAAGAGAGGCAAGAGACCCGGUGAUGAUGCGAACAUGUAAGUGAAUCCGUGAAUGUUGUGUACAUACAUAUAUGAUAAACCCAUGGUAAUAAUCCACGUGUAAAAUGAUCAUUCUCUUGCCGUUUAUCGUGCUUAGAAUUCUCGAGCUGUUGGGACGACUCGCGACGCGUUUGAUAACUGGCAAAUUUAAUAGGUCAAGGAGUUGGCUGGAGAAAAAAUUUCCGCACGCAGUUCCCGUUCUUACUCGCGCAAAUCGUUCGAGUCUAACACCGAGAAUACGAGCAGUUAGCUAGUAACGAGCCGUAAUUCGACGCAAGCUGUAAACUGUUAAGUAUGCGCACUUUCGUAAAAGGUAAAAGAAAAAUUCCCUAGGCAUAAAGCAGCCGCUUUUUAAUCCAGACGAGGCCGUGUAACUGAGGACUGGCGAAACGUACCCACGCAUUUAAUUAGGGGAUCACGCAUGAGUUGACUUUCGAAAAUUCGGAACACACAGAUGAAGUCAAGUGGAAAUUACUCUUUCGGAUACCUAGGCAAUUUUUCAGCCCAAUGAAAAAAAUCUUUCGUUUUGACGACGAAAAUAUCGUGUACAAAUUUGCGAUUAAAUUUUGCUUUUCCCUUAGCAACAGCUGAGAUUUAUUUAUCGUUAGAGCCGUAUUAGAAUAGUGUCGUUUUUUCAAUAAAUGACAGAAGUCUUGGUCUGUUUUGGAAUCCUGUUGUAUAACCUAUGAAGUCUGACCAAUUACGAUGAAUUCUUGCUCGUUUCGUUGGAUUAUGAAUUCUUCGUAAGUCAACUGAUGAGAAAAAUUGUUCGCAAUUUAUGUUAUAGAUAUCUUUUUUAUCAACUGGACAUGACUUCGUUCAAAUUGAACUUGAUAAAUUUCGGUUAAACUUUCUAAGCUUGUGUUUGAUAGUUGUUAUACUUUGCUUGGACCAAUUUUUUACUAAACUGCACCACCAACUCAGCGGAAAACAGUUGACCCUAUUCUGUGUGGUAGAAGUGAAAAGAUAUAUAGCGAUAUGAAUGUAUAGUUAUUUCUUAGUGCUAUAACGAAUCGGUCUGUGACCGUACACGUAUGAAUGUACCUGAUAAGGUAUCUAUAUUAACAUGCAGUACAUAUAAUUUCAAGUAUUGUCUAUACGUGUUAAACAACAUCGUCUUAAUAAACAAAAUGAAAGAAACGGAA